UUGUUCCAGACUUCCGAAAACAUUCGGCUGGUGGAAUCAAGAGAAUCCUUAGAGAAGCACUAUGAAAUCGGAGCUGUCAUCGGUCAAGGGAAUUUCUCACGAGUUUUCUUCGCACAGAGGCGAAAAGACGAGAAACGAUGCGCACUCAAGGAAAUCGAAAAGCAACAGCUCCGUGGAAAAUGGUUCUUCAUUGAGAACGAGGUUGAAAUUCUCCAAAUGUGCUCACAUCCGAAUAUCUGCCGUCUCGUCGAUGCCUAUAAGACGAACUCCAAGUACAUGCUAGUCUUCGAAUACGCUCAGAAUGGCGACUUAUUCGAGCUGAUACAUCGAGAUGGAAGGCUACCGGAGUGCGAUGCUGCAUUGUUCACCGGCCAGACCGCCUCAGCUCUUGCUUACCUCCACCACAAAAAAAUCGUUCACCGCGACAUCAAACCUGAGAAUCUCCUCCUCUUCAGCAAAAAGCAGGUGCAAUUGUGCGAUUUCGGACUGGCGUGUACCGUUCUUGGACCAUUGUAUCGUGUUUGUGGAACACCAACUUAUUGUGCACCUGAGAUACUCAGAGAGACAGGGUACGGCUUUGCUGUGGAUGUGUGGUCUCUGGGUGUGCUUCUGCAUGUGAUGCUCGUCGGUUUCGCCCCUUUCCGAUUGUUGAAAACGAUUCCCGGUGUCCGCAUUGAUUAA